AUGGAUAAUCAACAUUUUUUUAACUUAAUGAGAACGCUCGACGACCCCUCUGGCAAAGUGCCGAGUUUGGACAGAUUGUGGACAUUCAAUAGUGAUAGGGACACAUCGCUUCCGACAAGCCGAGCAGUGGACGUUGCGGAAAUAUGCCCUUCGGUGGCGGUGAAAAUCUGUCCAGCUGCGAAGACAACCGACACGAUCACGAAGGUUGGAAGUCCUCAACCGGACCUCAAACCUAUCGAUGCCCACAAAAUUUCACUGACGAUCACCAACGAACAGGCCCCUACCGUAGAGGUAUGUCCGACUUGUGACCAUCAACAGGUUCGUUCGUCGCGGACGUUACUAUCCUUCGACGAUUUUUAUGGCAUAGACGGCAAAGACGUCUGGGCUAAACCGUAUUCGUCAGGAUAG